AUGUCGGAUGGCUUGCUCUUGUCGGUGUCAGCGUACGCCCAGGAUGUCUUGGCCUUUGCCUCCACGUUCUUGAACAAAUGCGGGUUCUUGUCAGCAGUGCCAAGAUCUGCUCCGAUAGGCAUUGCGGCACAGACAUUCGCAUCCGUGGAGGAGAGGAACGAGGCGAUGCUCCGAAACAGUUUCCUCCGCGAGCGCUUCACCCAGGACUAUGAGCAAAAGCUGUACAAGUGCGGCAUUCGGCUAGCUGUCUUCAACACAGCCCUGCGGCAACUUGGCUCAGCAUUUAAUUUUGUGCCGCGGUCGGACAUGAUGGCAAACAGUGGCCGGAUGGAUCCCGGGUUCCGGCAGUUCAUUUCGCCACUCCCUUCCGACGGCCUUGAGAUGGCGGCGCUGUACGAGUCCAGCAAGUCUUUGUGGGCGACCGAUCAGGGCUACUUCUACUGCAUCAGCCUGAUCCCUGCGACGGUUUGCGCUUCGAGGAAGUUCGUGACGGAGACGAUGAUGCCCUUCUGCGAGGUGAUCAAGGGCGAUCUGGACGAGACCAUGGAGGACUUCCGCUUCUCGAAGAAGAAGGACGUGACGUUCGCCUACCUGGGCGACGGGGACGACUUCGGGCUCUUCUUGGAUGGCUACACCUUGGACCGGGUGAUCAUGUGGAGGCGGGUGCCGCUGGUGAUGAAGUUUCAGCGGCAUCUGGAUGCCAUUGGCAGGCCGUACACGGUCACCCUUUGCCGGUGCGGUAAAUGGGGGCGACAGGUCGACUUUGCUAUGAGGUUUUCUGGCACCAGGAACCCUGGCACUGACGAGUGA